UUUCAGUAAAAAGAUUAUCACGGAGUGAACUUUGAAACAGCUAACGAACAGCUGAAUGGCUCCCCUUAACAACAUUUAUUUCCAGGACAGUACUGAAGAAGGUUUCACGCACUGUUUCUUUCUACAGCACUUUCUACUGAUAUCUCAAUACUGUUGCUAGGCCAUAAAAGGGAUUGAGCGGUACUCAGUACCCCAUUACUCGCUGUGGUACUCGAGAACCAGCAUUCUUUCUAAGGACGCCUCUUUUAUUCGACGGGAGGGUUGCGGCGUUGCGGCGGAAAUGUCUUUUAAGCAACCAAAGCAAUAGAAUUCACCUGACCCUUGGCAUCCGAAAACAUGAGUACUCAAGAUAGGGAUCUUGGAGUCUCGUACUUUCAGGUUGACGUUUUGGCAAAACUUCUGCUCACAAUUUCAGCUUUUCUACCGAACAACUCAUCAACAACAACAGCAACACACAACAAUGAGAGCCGCUUCCGAUAUCCCCAACGUUGCUUCGAUGCCCAUCCCGACGAAAGAAGAUCUCAGGGAAUCGUUCCCAUCUCUCCUCCAUAGGAUGCUCGCCGAGAUCGAUCUCUUGGAAACCGACGAAAGGAAUCUUCGUGAGAUUGUUAGUUGGCAGGAGCAUGGAAUGGCGUUUCAGAUCCACAACAGGGAACGCUUCAUUGAUGUUAUCAUGCCGCUAUGGUUCCCCAAGCUGAAAUACUCAAGUUGGGUUCGACAGGUUAACUCCUAUGGAUUCAAGAGAGUCCAGAAGGAAGGAAACGACCGAGGAGCCCUCUAUCAUUCAAACUUCAUCAGAGACAUGCCCGAGUUGGCGGCGGGAAUUGAAAAAACCAAGCGUAAGAGCAAAGGUAACAAGCAGAAUGCAUUUCCCUUUGGACGAAGCACAAGCAGCAUGCAUCCUUCUCUCUCGGCGCCCAUGCUCAACCAGUGGCAACAACUUCCCAACGGCCACUUUAAAGACGCUUCCAAGUCCAUGUCAGCCCCAUCGAGCAGCGAAGGGCUCUGUGGCAUGAUGAUUAACUCCAGAAUGUCACUUGCCCCUCGAGGUCCUCUCCCAAUCCCAUCAAACUGUUCUUGGUCGCCAAGUGGGCAAGUUUCCUCCUCUUGGUUUUCGAAUGGCGGGCAAGAAUCGGGACCUGCCACAAGCAAGCUGUUCUCAGCUCCAAUGCCUUCCCAGCCCACAAACGACCAGCCAACAGUGGAUGAUGAUCUAGAGCCUCUUGACAUGUUUGAUGGGAUGUGGAGCACAGUCCUGGAAAACGAUAUUGCUUCUUCAAUGGUGCCCCAAAACGAGCGAUUAUCCGUUGGUUCUCUGAAAGACAGCGAGUGGGAUGACAUGGAGCCUCUCCGCAUUUUUGGUCCUGAUGACAGUCGAAAACUCAAAUAAGAAGAAGGCUCAACUUUGAAGGCUCAACUUUGAAGACUCGGGUUUGAAGGACAGUGAAUGGCCGCUUCUUUCGCCAUGACUUCGACUGCUAGUAGUAGUUACAUCAGCAGAAACCACAACUAGACUACAUAAAAAACUAUUUGACACAUUUCUCUACCACGAGCUGGUAGCUACUAGAGUUACACAACCCAAGCCCGCAGAACUGCCCACAACCUCGCCACCAUCUUCUGGCAAAUAUAUCUUCUGGCAAAAGAGCUGCUCGCUCGGCUUGGUCUGGCCUCUCAUUUUCACCGCUCCACCGCCAAUGAUCCUCUGGACCCUGGCUCUGCUUGGGAAGCGCAAGAGUCAUGGAGCUGAUGGCUGGAGGUCCUUUUCCCUGGUACCAGAAAGCCAAAAAGAAGUCACAGGAUUGCUCACAUGCACCUGAUGACCCUCUUCUAGCCAUUUGCAGCUCUGCAUGGUCCACCCAGCAACUCCCUCCCUUGCUCCUCGCUCUCCACCGCCCCACUGAUCCUCUGGCUCUUGGGAAUUGGCAAGCCCAACAGUCACAGAGCUGAUGGCUGGAUGUCCUUUUCCCUGGUAUAAACCAGCCCAGAAAUCAAAAAAAGAAGUCUAAUACACACGAUUGCUCCAAAUGCACGUGUUGACCCUCUUCUAGUAGGGCCUGUGAGUCUCGAGUACUCUCUACUAGUACUCUAAGAUCUAGCACUUCAACGAAGGCCCGGCAACGGACAUUGAACC